AAUUCCCAAAGUCACAAUUUUCAAUACAAGAAGAAACAGAGUGGCAUUCAAAGCGGUAGGCCGAUUGGUCGCCAUGAAACUUUUCGAUGUGCACUGUCAUCUUCAGGACCCGCAAAUAAUCGACAAAGCUCCGAAGCUGAUCUCCACCGCCGUUGAUUCCGGCGUGGUUCAUUUUGCCGUCAAUGGUCUCUCAGAGAAAGACUGGCAUUUGGUUAAAGAAAUGGGCGAGCGCUAUCCUUCUGUUGUCCCUUGCUUUGGGCUUCAUCCUUGGUAUGUAGCUGAGAGGAGUUCUCAGUGGUUCGACACGCUGAAGGAGUUUUUUGAGAAUACUCCCUCUGCUGCAGUUGGAGAGAUUGGUUUAGACAAAGGUUCACAAGGAAAGAAGAUUAACUUUGUGGAUCAGGUUGAAGUAUUUCAGCAGCAGCUUGAACUUGCGAAAACUUUGAAAAGGCCAGCAUCAGUUCAUUGUGUUCGUGCAUAUGGUGAUCUUCUUGAAAUAAUGAAAUCUAAGGGGCCUUUUCUUCAUGGCAUUCUUCUUCAUUCUUACUUAGGUUCUGCAGAGAUGGUUCCUGAAUUUGCAAAACUUGGUGCUUAUUUUUCGUUCUCUGGAUUUCUUAUGUCCUUGAAAGGGCAGAAGGCAAAGAAGAUUCUGAAAGCGGUGCCUUCUGAAAGGAUUUUAUUAGAGACAGAUGCACCUGAUGCGUUGCCAAAGUUAGAGAUAAGUUCUUUAUAUUUUGUUGAUGGAGAUCCUUCCCUAGCUAAAGAGAUUUAUGCCCAAGGAGAAAAUGCAACUUGUGGUCUUGGUACUGUUUCUGAUGGUUCAAGGAAUGCACUUACCCUGUCAAAAGAGACACUUAAUCAUCCUGCUAACAUUCACAAUGUGCUCACAUAUGUUGCAUCUUUGUUAGACAUGUCAAAAGAAGAAUUAGCAGAAUUAAGUUACAGAAAUGCUGUUCGUUUAUUCUCUUUUGAAGGUUCAGAAUUGGUGUCUCAUAGUCCAAAUCGCAGAUGGAUGUAUGAAAAGGAACAAGUGACCAAACAUGCAACUGUCUUGAAAAAUAUUGCCAAAACUGUUGCAUCUUUUAGCAUUACCAAACCUAGUAGCAGCAGCCAAGUUUUUGUCAAUGAAGAUAUUAUAUCCAACAUUCUUGUUCGGCUCCCUGCAGAAAUUUUAUUGACAAAUAUGAGAUGUGUUUGCCAACGGUGGUAUAAUGUCAUUCAAAACCCCGUUUUCAUUGUUGAACAUCUCCGUCUAUUGAGAACUGGCCUAUUGAUUCAAAGCAUAAAUCAUCCAUUUUCUUCCCAUUUUGUGGAGAUUAGAGAAAGCAGUAUUAAGUCAUGUAUUGAUUUUGACUUCCCUGGAAAAAUUAUGGCUGGUCAUGAUGGCUUAUUAGUGUUCAAAGACGCUAAAGAUAAUAAGAGUCUUCAUGUGGCAAAUCCUGUAACAAAGCAACAGGAGAAACUCCCUUUGCUCACCUUCCCAUAUGAUGUAACUAGCCUUAAAUGUGGUUUAGCACGAGUAGCUUCAACUGGGGAGUAUAAAGCAGUUAUUACUUACAAAGUUGGAAAGUUUAAGCAAAGAUUUCAGCAGAUGGUAACACUGGGCUCUGAUAAGUCAUGGAGAUGGAUAGAUACUAGUCAUGUAGACAGUACUGCCCAGAGAACCUUCGACUUUGCUCCAUUCUGUAUAGGAGGGUUCAUUUAUUGGUGUUUCUGUAAAAAUCCUUAUGUUGUAGUUCUGGAUGUUGCUACCGAGAAAGUUCACCAGGUUCCCGUCCCUGAAUGUUGUGUGUCCAUAACGUCGACCUAUCUAUCAAUGGGGAACUCUCUAUCCAUGAUAUUGCGUGAUGCUGUUGAAAUGCAAUUGGAAGUCUGGAUUCUAACAGACAUGAAGGAAGGGGAGUGGGUUGACCUGUACAGAAUCAAUCUGGAACCUGAAAGACACAUGAUUUCCGACAUGUUUGGUAUGGAAAAUAUUGUUCUUAGUCCUUUUGCUUGGAUGAACAAUGGUGAAUUGUUGAUACUUAGGGUUGAGUCAAAUUUCUGGCCCUUUAUUUCCUGCAAUGUUAAGACAGGAGAGAUUAGAUUUGUCGAGUUAUAUUGCGAUGUAGCACAACAGACCAGGCGAGUUCAUGUCAACAGCCUAGUUUCCUGGAGGGUUCAGUAACCUUGUAGAAUUGUACUUGGGUCCUUUCAAUACCUUUUAUAGAGUUACCUUCUGCAUCAACACAGCAGUUGUUGGGAGAGUUUA